UCCUUCUGUAAUGUUUUUAUUCUUUUAUUAAAUCUAUCAUGGCAUUAGGUCUUCCUCCUCCAGAAUCGAUUAUUCAAUCAGGGAUUUUUAUUCAACAACUACAGCCGAUCAAUGAUAGCUUGAUUGGGUCAUUUUUUGUUGGCAUUAUACCACUCAUUAUUGUUCUUAUCAUGUUGGGCGUAUUUCGAGUGCCAGCGUAUUAUGCUGCAUCAACAGGUCUGGUUGUUUGCAUCUUUAUUGCUAUCUUUGGUUGGAAAAUGCCAGCAACACAAGCAUUCGAAUCUAUUGGUAAUGGUGUAGUAUAUGCCAACUGGCCAAUUAUGUGGAUUGUUGCCAAUGCAAUGUAUAUUUAUAAUAUUACAGUUCGGUCUGGGAUAUUUCAUUUAUUUCGUAAAUGGAUGAUAUCUAGUACACCACCCGAUAUGAGAAUUAUUUUGAUCAUUAUUGGAUUUUGCUUCGGCGCCCUGUUAGAAGGCGUGGCAGGUUUUGGUGUACCUGGCGCCAUUUGUUCCUCCAUGAUGGUGGCUUUAGGAUUUGAUCCAGAAGACGCUCUUGUUUAUACACUUAUUUUUAACACGACUCCAGUAGCUUUUGGAGCACUUGGUAUACCUGUGACAACGCUCGCCUCUUUAACAGGUUUACCAGUUUUAGCGCUUUCUGCCAUGAUGGGUCGACAGUUACCUAUAUUCAGUCUAUUCUUACCAGCCUAUGCAUUGUUAUUCUACGCAGGACCUCGAGCUGGAUUAAUUGAAUGCUGGCCAGUGGCAUUGGUAGCCGGAUUUUCAUUUGCCUUGAUGCAAGGAAUUUUUGCAAACUUGGUAGGCCCCGAACUCCCGGAUUUAAUCGCCGGAUUAGUCUCAUUGAUCUCUGUGAUUGCCUUUGUUCAAUUUUGGAAACCGCGUUACCGAAAGGAGUACGAGGCUAAUAUCAAUUCCAUGCUUAAGCAGCAGCAGCAGGAGGAGGAUAUCUUUGCACAAGAGAUAAAAGAAGAGAAGGAAAGUGAUGCAGAAAGUCAAGUCUCGAGUCGUGUCGAUAAGCUUUCUGCAAAGUAUACGCUGCUCGCAUGGAGUCCCUGGCUGCUGAUUGUUGUUGUUGUUAUCAUCUGGACUUUUGCCAAAGUUUCCACAAAGGGUCAAAUUGAUGUGAAAUGGCCACAUCUUCAUCAAGAGGUUUGGUUAACAUUGUAUGGAAAAAAAUACGACGCGAUCUGGAGUUUUCAACCACUGGCCACAGGAACCGCUAUUAUGGUUGCUUCUAUUCCGUUUUCAGUGAUUGUGUUGCUUUAUGGAGUUCAUCCCCGCGUUUUUAAAAUUGCAUUAAGAGAUACUGUAGUACAACUUUACAAGCCCAUAAUUACAGUGUCAUUUAUCAUGGCCUUUGCAUAUUUGUACAAUUAUUCAGGCAUAGUCUACACUAUCGGGUAUCAAUUAGCCUCUGUUGGUAAAGCCUUUCCCUUUAUUUCGGCCUGGCUUGGCUGGGUUGCGUGUUUUUUAUCAGGAAGCGAUACGUCAGCCAAUUCCCUAUUUGGUAACCUUCAAGUUGUAGCAGCAAGAGAAAUUGGGCUAUCAGCUAUCUUAAUGGCAGCUACUAAUUCCAGUGGAGCAAUCACAAGUAAAAUGAUUUCGCCCCAAAACCUGACGACAGGAGUAUCCACAAUUGGAUUGCAGGGACAGGAAGGGCGUAUCUUACGUCGCACAAUAGCGCACUCGGUUUUUAUGUGUUGCGUGAUGGGAGGAAUUGCAUGUAUACAACAGUAUGGCAUACCCAGUAUGAUUCCCGCAGAGGUUUAAUGUAUUUGGUGAUACCUUGUGAAAUAAUUCAUGUGCUACAACAAGCAACAAUGUAUUUUUAAAAGAGCAAAAAAAAAAAAAUCAGUGCGACAAAAUGUUCAUUCUACAAAAAGUACAAUGAUUUACCUUAUGCCUGGUAAUAUAAAUAAUCUAUCAAUAGGCUCAUUCACUUCUUUAACAAGCCAUAAGCUAAAAAUAAAAAUUGUCACAACACAGAAAAUUAUUGUGGUAAAAACUCAAAAAGUAUUUUUAAACUCUUUUUUAAUUAACGGUAGAAAAAAUAAAUAAUCGCAGAAAGUGCAC